AUGGGCGACAGGUCCUCUGCGGACCCCGCGAAGGCCGUCCGGGGCUCGGGAGGCUUUGCUGACGCAGCGGGCGGGGCAGUGGAGCUCGCGCCGGCGACGGCGACCGACAAAGACCUGUCGGAGGUGAAGGUUUCGUCCGAGCACACGUCUUGGGGCGACCUGAUGGAGCAGUUGGAGGCGAUGGCCGACGGCCAGCUGCGCCUCAAGGUGCGCGACAUCGUCCCGAAGUGGUGGCGCGUCGCGCACCCGUGGUUCGCGGGCGACGAGCGCUGGCGCGCGCGCGCCUGGGCCGCGUCGACCGUCGCCAUGUCGCUCGUCACCACCUGGCUGCUCGUGCGCAUCUCGUAUGCGCAAAAGGACUUCGCGACGGCCCUCGCCGGCAAGGACGCCGACGGCUUCUACCGCGCGGUGUGGGCCUUCGUGGAGAUCAUCGCGAUCGCCACCGUGCUCUUCGCGGCGAGCAGCUGGGUGGAGAGCCGGCUGAAGGUCGAGUGGCGGGACUGGCUCACGCGGACGCUCCUGGCCAAGUACUACAGCAGCCGGGCGUACUACCGCCUGCAGCAGUCCCACGUGCAGCUCCUCGACAACCCGGACCAGCGCAUCUGCGACGACGUGGCGCGGUUCACGGUCACGACGGCCACGCUCGCCGUGACGCUCCUCGGCAAGGUGUUCAACUCGCUGGCCUUCGCGGGCGUGCUCUGGUCCAUCUCCCCGAAGCUCGUGGUCUUCCUCGUGACGUACGCGGUCGCGGGGACGGCGGUGACGUCGUUCGGCUUCGGGCGGCAGCUGAUGCGCCUGCACUUCAGGAUGCUGCAGGCGGAGGGGGACCUGCGGUUCGGGCUCGUGCGGACGCGCGAGAACGCGGAGAGCAUCGCGUUCUACCGGGGCGAGGGCGAGCAGCGGGACAGCGCGCUGCGCAACCUCGGGCAUCUCAUCGACGUGAUGCGGAGACGCAUCGCGUGGUUCGCGGGUCUGAACCUGUGGACGAACGCGUACACGUACGCGACGAUCCUCCUCCCCUCCCUCCUCACGGCGCCGCGGUACUUCGACGGCGAGAUCGAGUACGGCGUCAUCUCGCAGACGUCCUACGCGUUCGCGCGCAUCAACGACGCCGUGUCCAUCCUGAUCGCAAACUUCUCGGAGUUCGCCGGCCUCGCCGCGGAGACGCAGCGCCUGGACGCCCUCAUGCGUGCUCUCGACUGCAAAGAUCUCCCGGGCGGGCGCACCGAGAUCCUGCGCGCCGACGACGGCGCGAGCGCCGGCAGCGAGAUGCUCGCGAUCCGCGCGCUGCACCUCACGACCCCGCGCGGAGAGGCGGUGCUGUGCCGCGAGCUGUCGCUGUCGCUGGCCCGCGGCGAGAGCCUGCUGAUCGUGGGGCCGAACGGGGCGGGCAAGUCGUCGAUCCUCCGCGCGGCCGCGGGGCUGUGGACGCACGGGAAGGGACUCAUCAGGAUCCCGGGGGGCUCGCGGGUCUUCUUCCUGCCCCAGCGCCCCUUCAUGCCCCUCGGCUCCCUCCGCCACCAGGUCGCCUUCCCCUCGCGCCCCACCGGCGGCGAGCGCGCCUCGACCCUCACGAAGGACUCGGAGGUUGACGCGCUCCUGGGAGGCGACGCUGGCAAGCCGCGGCACGCGGCGGACACCGGCGACGAGGCCCUGCUGUCGGCCCUGCGCGUGUGCCGGAUGCCGGACCUCGCGGACCGCCACGGCGGCCUCGGCGCCGAGCAGGACUGGUCCGGCUUGCUGUCCCUUGGCGAGCAACAGAGAGUCGCGUUUGCAAGACUGCUGGUGCACGGCCCGGACAUGGCGUUCCUGGACGAGGCGACGAGCGCGAUGGACGUGGAGACCGAGGCCGGGCUGUACGAGGAGCUGCGGCGGCGGUGCCCGUGUUUCGUGUCUGUUGGGCACCGAGCGCAGCUGGUGCAGUACCACACGUGGGUGCUGGUGGCGCGGGGGGCGGGGGAGUGGGAGCUGCUGCCGCGGGAGAAGUACAAGCCGCGGGAGCAGGAGGUCGUGCACUAG